AUGUCUAAUUUUUUAACUUUGUCCAGCGAAAUUUCCGAACCAUUUGUCAUUCCAAAUGUUUCGCCAAUUUCGUCUCCUAAACUUAAUGCUAUAAGCUUUGAAGGUAUUCAAAAUGACGCUUCUAAGGCCAUGGGGAUCAAUUUCCACCCAGUAAUUGCUCAUGAUGAUGAUGACACUCGUAAACAAAGAGCAAUGUCGGUUCUCGAUAUCAACUAA